UACAUUGUGACUUUUCCCAGUUGACCGAUUUGCUUGGCAGUUUAGCAUAAAAAGAUAUACCUUUCUCCACAGGGAAAUUCAACAAAUCCAAAAUGCUGAUCUACUUUAUUUAUUGUGUGCUUGAAGCCAUUGCGAAUGGGAUUUACACAACAGUGGCCACCAUUUCGAUCAUUGAACAGGCCCUAAUCAACCUGAUGAUGUCCACAUUUUUGUUUGUGCUUGGGAUAGCAUGUCACCCGGUAAUGAUGAUUCCCAUGAUGCUAGGAGGCUACUAUAUACUACGCAACUAUUGGAAUCGUCAGACCAAGACCGGCAGGAUCACGGCAGGAGCACGUAAAGAGCCACGUAUUCCCUCCUAUCGCAGCUUCGCUGUUGGCAUUGACGCUCCCAAGGACAACUAACAAUGAGUAUAUCGUGGGACAGCCGAACACGUGAUUUCCUUGGGUACAUACGAGUAAUCCUCACUUACACACGUUAACAAAUACAAAAGUGGGCUACAUACAAAUGCUGCGGAUAUUUUAUUGUAA